GAUCAUCAAAUCUUAAGCAUUCCAUCAGCUUCAAAUUUCUCUCCUGCUUUUAGUGUUGAUCCAAAGUACAAAAACCCUUCUAGAAGAAGAUGAGUUCCACCGAGAAUGCAAGUUAUCAAGCCGGCCAGGCCAAGGGCAAGGCUGAGGAGAAGACCAGCAGCUUGAUGGAUAGGGCUGCAGAAACAGCAAGUAAUGCAAAGGAAUCCAUACAAGAGAGUGGGCAGCAGAUGAUGGCCAAAGCACAAGGAGCUGGGCAGGCUGCCAAGGACAAAAUCAGUGGGAAAUGAAACUAAAUUAACUAUAGUAGUGGCCAUAUCUUGUCCAACUUUCUCCCGGCCGACCCGGUUUUUGGAAUUUCAUCUUUAACUGUUUUCUUGGUUUUCUUUCUUUUGAUUUUGAGCUUAAUUUUUAGAAAAUCUAAUAAUGAUGGACUAUAGAUUCUAAGCCUAAUGAGGGGCUGCUUUUGAAUGUCCUCAUUCCCUUAUGAGCUAUAAUAAAUGAAUUUUUGUUUU